AUGAUAGCCAUGGCGGGUAUCGACUUGUCUGGCAACUCUCUUUCGCAAGAGAUCCCAAAUGGGCUCACAACCCUUCUUGGAGUCAGGUACCUGAACCUUUCAGGAAAUCAUUUCUCAGGCUGUAUUCCGGAAGACAUUGGCAAUCUAGUACUACUGGAAUCCUUGGACCUUUCUGGGAACCAACUCUCGGGGAAAAUUCCUCAAAGCUUGGCAGCUUUGAAGAGCAUCAGUGUGCUGAACCUCUCAACCAACGAGUUAUCAGGGAGGAUACCUACGGGCGAUCAGCUGCGGACACUCACAGAUCCGUCCAUAUACAGUAAUAAUCCUGGGCUAUGCGGGGUUCCGUUGGAAGACUGCAUAAACUCCUCGACACCGACGCAAACUGAAAAAAGCCAGGAUGAAGAUAGAGAGGCACUCUGGCUGUAUUGCUUCGUGGCUGCUGGGUUCAUCUUUGGGUUCUGGCUGUACUGGGGCAUCUUCUUAUUUCGCAGCGAGACAUGGAGGUGUGCAUUCUAUCAGUAUGUGGACAACAUGCAAGCAAAGGCAACCAAGAAGAUGUACAGCUGCAUGUCGUGCUUCCAGGCCAGCGGCUCUGAAUGA